UAUUUUAAAAUUAUUGGAAGUAAUGAAUGUGUAAUUUGGGCAUUUUUACUAAAAACAUUGAUUUUUAUCAUUCACUCCCUUUUGAAAAGCAUUAACUUUUUAAAAUGGCUGCGACAAUGAAAAAUGCGGAAAGUGACGUGCAUGUUACUUUUGAAGACCAGCAGAAGAUCAACAAAUUUGCUCGGCAUAAUGCUAAACUUCAAGAUCUGAAAGAUGAGGUUGCUUUAGAAAAGAAACUGUUACAAAAUUUAGAAGAUGCACUUGAUGAAUUGCUUCUUUUAGAAGACAAUGAAAAACCAAUUCCUUAUCAAAUUGGAGAAGUAUUUUUACAGUUGAGUAUUGAUGCUGCUAAUUCGAAAUUAGAGGAAGACAAGAAAAAAACUGAGACAACCAUUACUAACCUUGAACAAGAAUGUGAAAACCAUAAAGCUGUUCUCUCAGACCUCAAGGUGCAAUUGUAUGCCAAGUUUGGAAACAAUAUCAAUUUAGAAGCUGAGGAAGAAUAGUAUUAAACCUAAUAAUUUAAUUGUCUUAUGUAUUUGAAAUAUAUUUCUGAACUUUUUGUCUUUAUUUUGUACAUUAAAAAAUAAAUGAAUAAAAUUAUUAUUUAAA